AUGGGGUACGGGCAAAUCCUCCACCGCCGUGGGAAUGAGGAGGACCGGGUCCACCUCAACGUGGGAGGGGCGCGACACCAAGUGGAUCCGGACACGCUGCUCCGCUUCCCCCACACUCGUCUGGCCCGCCUGCUGCGCUGCCAGAGCGAGGCGGCGAUCCUGGAGCUGUGCGACGACUACAGCCCGGCCGACAGGGAGUUCUACUUCGACAGGAAUCCCCGGGUUUUCCUCUGCGUGCUCAACUUCUACCACACGGGCCGCAUCCACAUGAUGGAGGAGCUGUGCGUGUUCUCCUUCAGCCAGGAGAUCGAGUACUGGGGCAUCCAGGAGCUCCACCUCAGCCCCUGCUGCAGCAACUGGUACCAUGAGAGGAAGGAGUACAUCGAGGACAGGGACUGGGACGUCAGGAGCGACGACCAGCAGCAGCCCAGUUUGGACUCUUCCUUCGAGGAGCUCUCCGCUCUGGACAAAGACCUCGCCAAGUUCAGAGGCGCCUGGUGUGGAGAGGUGAGGAGCUACGUUUGGCUCAGACUGGAGGAUCCGGGUCACUCCAGAGCCUCAAAGAUCAUCGCCGUGGCCUCCCUCAGCGUGGUGCUGACCUCCAUCGUUGCCAUGUGUGUCCACAGCAUGCCCGAGUUCCAGCGUGUGGACGACAACGAGAAGCCCAUCGAGGACCCCGUCCUCGGCAUCCUGGAGGUGAUAUGCAUCGUCUGCUUCUCCGCAGAGUUCAUCAUCAGGCUGAUUGUGGCGCCCUCCCGGAGGAAGUUCCUCGGGAACCCCUUGAACAUCAUUGACGUUGCUUCCAUUUUGCCAUUUUAUGCCACUUUAGCUCUGGAGACGGCCGACGAGGAGGCCGCGGAGGAGAACGAGGACUUAGAGAACGUGGGGAAGGUGGUGCAGGUCCUGCGCCUCAUGAGGGUUCUCCGAAUCCUCAAACUGGCUCGGCACUCCAUCGGUCUGCGAGCGCUGGGCGCCACCGUCCGCCACAGCUACCACGAGGUGGGCCUGCUCCUUCUCUUCCUCUCAGUGGGAAUCUCCAUCUUUUCCGCCCUGAUCUACUUCGCAGAGAAGGAGGAAACGUACACGGAUCUGGGGACGAUCCCUUCGGGGUGGUGGUGGGCAACGAUCACCAUGACAACGGUCGGUUAUGGCGACACGUGUCCGGUGACGCUGGCGGGGAAGAUAGUGGCCACCCUGUGCAUCAUCUGUGGCCUUUUAGUGGUGGCUCUGCCCAUUACCAUCAUCUUCAAUAAGUUUUCAAAGUACUAUCAGAGGAACAAAGCCAUGGAGGGCCAGUGCAUCACCAAGCCUGAGAGACAAGACCCAGAGCUGCCCUACUACAACAUCAGAGACCUGUUCACAGAGAGCGUGUAUCCCUUUAUAGGAGGCCUCGCCUUCAGGAACACUGACAGCAGCGGGGGGGACGAUACAGAUGCCUCCAGUCUCCAGGACAUCGAAGUGUAUGAUAAUGACACUUGUGAAAAUGGGGCAGCAAAAUGAGAUUCUUGCCAUUUCACAGAGUACCACUCCCUUUAUGACUGCAAGUCACUCCGUGCCUCUCAGGGCAGAACGCUCCAUCACUGACCCUGCCUUCCUGCACCGUCUUCCUCCCGCAAUUUGACAGAGAAAUAUUGUGGUCAUGAUGUUUUUUUUUCCUUUUUUUUUCCUACAGGGGAAAAGCUUGUGAAAUAUACAGCGUCGCUAAAACCAGGAAAUCUAAAGGGAAUUAUCUGAACCUUGCUCAGAGGUUUGAAAGCCCAUUUUCUGCUUGAGAAAACUGCAAUGAUGCAUGUAGGAGGCCAUAAUGUUAAUGUUUUUCAAAGUAAUGUCCUUUAUUGAUUUGUCCGCUCGCUGAAAGUUCAAAGUGAGUGUUCGCCAAAUGCAGAAGUCUAGAAUGACAACAACGCAGUUUGAUGUUUAAAAAUGGUUGUUAUGGAUCUCCACGUUGACUGAUGUUCCACAGCCUGCAUGACCGAAAUAAAUGCAUCUUGAGAGAGAGAGAGUAAUAAAAAUAGUUGUGUAGGAUAUGUGGCGUUAUUGACGCUGAUAAAGAGAGGCCGCACGUCUCACUGUGCCAGGUUGUUAUUAGAUUCUUGUUUUGUACAGGCAUGCCUGGGGGUAACUCAUACGGACAUGAAAUAAAACUCAGAAGAAA